GCGUUAGUACUUUAAUUGAAACAUACGUGGGUACGAUCCAGAUAACGCGAAUUCAUGUAUAAACGCUUCGCAGCCUGUAUUUGCACCGACAGCGAACUGGAUUGCGUACUCUCUGGAGUUAUAGGAGGAUACCUAAGAGGAUACCAAAUAAAGCACAAUGGCUGAAAACGAUGUUGAGCAAGAGCUGUUGGACUAUGAAGAGGAAGAACAUGACGCCACUCAGGAGGCUGGGGGUGACGCUACUGCCCAGACCGCCAUCAAAAAAGAUGUCAAAGGCACCUACGUGUCCAUACACAGCUCGGGGUUCCGGGACUUUUUGCUGAAGCCAGAGUUGCUGCGGGCGAUCGUGGACUGUGGCUUUGAGCACCCUUCUGAAGUUCAACAUGAGUGCAUCCCGCAAGCCAUCCUGGGCAUGGACGUCCUGUGCCAGGCCAAGAGCGGUAUGGGAAAGACUGCAGUCUUUGUCCUGUCCACCCUGCAGCAGUUGGAACCUGUAUCCGGACAGGUUGGUGUGCUGGUUAUGUGCCACACUCGCGAGCUGGCCUACCAGAUCAAGAAAGAGUAUGAUCGCUUCUCCAAGUACAUGAAGGACAUGCAGGACAAGGUGGCCGUCUUCUUCGGCGGCCUGAGCAUCCAGAAGGACAUGCAACGGCUCAAAACGGAUCCGCCAUUCAUUGUGGUGGGCACACCAGGGCGCCUGCUAGCACUUGUGCGCAACAAGUCCCUGUCGCUGAAGAACAUCAAGCACUUCAUCCUGGACGAGUGCGACAAGAUGCUGGAACAGCUAGACAUGAGAAAAGAUGUGCAGGAGAUCUUCCGCACCACGCCACACGAGAAACAGGUCAUGAUGUUCAGCGCUACCCUCAGCAAAGAGAUCCGGCCAGUCUGCAAGAAGUUCAUGCAAGACCCUAUGGAAGUUUAUGUAGAUGAUGAGACCAAGUUGACCCUCCACGGCCUGAUGCAGUACUACGUGAAAUUGAAGGACAAUGAGAAGAACCGUAAACUCUUUGACCUGCUGGACGUCCUGGAGUUCAACCAGGUGGUCAUCUUCAUCAAGAGUGUGCAGCGCUGCAUAGCCCUCUGUCAGCUGCUCGUGGAGCAGAAUUUCCCAGCCAUCGCCAUCCAUCGCGCUAUGCAGCAGGAAACCAGGCUGCAAAACUACAAGCUGUUCAAAGACUUUGAGAAGCGUAUAUUGGUCUCUACCAACCUCUUUGGCCGAGGCAUGGACAUUGAGAGAGUCAACAUUGUCUUCAACUACGACAUGCCUGAAAACUCGGACACGUACCUUCACAGGGUGGCUCGUGCGGGCCGUUUUGGCACCAAGGGUCUGGCAAUUACCUUUGUUUCGGACGAGAAUGAUGCCAAAAUUCUGAAUGAUGUUCAAGAUCGCUUUGAGGUCAACAUUACGGAACUCCCGGAGGAAAUCGACAUGGCCUCGUACAUUGAACCAGACAGAUUCCAGUAAUUUGCAAGUUCUGUGCCGUUCAUUACCUGAAAUGUCACCGGUCAAGAUGCGACAGACCUGCAGGAGAACAGUGUUCCCAACCAGUCAAGCCAAGGUGCACUACACAGCGCUGAACUGGUUAAAACCAGUUUCUUUGAAUUGAAAAUACAAUCACAAACAUUCCAAGCUGCCUAGCUGUCACUGAUUGGUUAACUUGCAAACUUUGUAUGUUUUGCUUAGUCUAAAGGUUGGAGGUAUGUUUAUGUGAAAGCUUUGUUCCCACUAAGUUCCACCGUUUGUGGGGAAAGAUAUUCAAAUACCGAAUACAAUUACAUGUACAUUAGUUUCUGAAAUUGAAUGAAACACUGGUUUGAAUCAGUUUGCCUAGUACACUGGCUAAAAUCUGGGAGGUUUUUGUAACGUGGACCCCGUGUUCAUGUUAACUUUCAUUUACAUGUGUGUGACUGUAGGAAACCGUCACAACUGUGGGAACUGUCAGAGGCAGCACUUGGCUUUUUCAAAUGAGAUUGUGCUCACAGUAGACUUCAGUAUUUUGUAACAAAGAACUUAGUUUGUUCACUGGAAAUCAGUAAAAUAAAACCAAAAUAAAAUUGAUACUUAUGUUACCUGUAACAGGCAGAAAUGCUUGAACCAACACAAAAACAAGCAAUGGAAGGCAUUUCAGUUUUGAAGCUUUUAAACUUUUUAAUUCUGUUUUUCUUGUCGUUUAGUAUACUAUAAUUGUAAAUAUAGAUGUCUUGGCAUUUUAGCUUUUAAAGUGAUUUUCAACCCUAGUUUCCCUACAGUCGCCCUUUUGGAAUCUGAACAUUGCUUGAACCUGCAGUAUGCAUAGCUUGCACUGGGUAUUCAGACAAGAUAUUGACAAUUUGCAAGAAGCAGUUGAACUUGAUUCAUACACACCUGUGAGCUGCAGAACCUGCUUGACAUUUUAUUUUUGCGAACGGUUUCCCAUUUACCGUCCUUCAUCAGUUCAAGAAUUCCUUUACAAGUUUUCUACAUGUAUUUAAGGUCUCCCUUGUUUUGAGUUGCAGAAUGGGGAAAAAUCUGUCCAGUUUUGCUAAAACGUUUCAGGGCAGGAACAGCAUGAGGUAAAAACUUGGAAAAGUAAUUAAGAGAUGAAAAUCAUGUCCUUCAAAUGUCCGUUUAAGUACAUAUUUCAGUUCAAGUUUUAUAAAUGCUCUGAUCGUUAGCUUCUUUUUGAAAGUGUAUUUUAUAUGUGUUAAUUGCGAGAAUAAAGUUGUUUUAAGAGUUGGCCUUCAU